AUGGAAACUACAGGUGGCGGCGUGCUCGAGGACGAGCUCGGCAUGGGGCGCAGGCAAGAGGAUGGCGCGGCUGUUCAUGGCGGAGCUGCGAGGACGGGCGCACUCGGGCAGGGGGGAAGAAGGCAUCAGGUGAGGUGGAGUUGGAUCGAGUGGGAGGGGCUGGUUGGCUCGGCGCUGAAAAACAGGGUGAGCGGCGGAAAACAAGGGCGGUGGUCGGGAAGGAUUUGGAUCGAGGAGAAGUGGACAAAAAAUACAUGUACACAUCCGCCUCCUCGCCUCGACCUGGCCAAGCCGAACCAAAUCCCCCUAGCCGCCGCCGACCUCAACCCGCCCGCGGCCACGGCCGCACCUCUGCCCGCUCGCCUCCAGUACGAUGGUGUCGGAGGCCUGGUCCGGGGGCGCGCGGAGGAUUCCACUUUAGCCGAGGGACGGCAACGCGGCGGCCUCCCCGUCAGUCGCCAUCGGCUUUGCCAAAUUGAAGGCGUAGGCAUAGGCGCGGGCGGCUGCGUCUCCGCCGUCGGCGAGGUCCUAUGCCAGCCGUGCCGAGGCGGAGAGCACGGCGGCGGCGGUGAGGGAGAAGGAGGUGUGCUGGCAGAGGAGCUAGAGAAGGCGCGGGAGCGGUGGGGCCGGCUGCGGGACGCGAGGCAGGUCACGGAGAGGGUGCUGGCGGAGGCAGACGAGGCGCCGCGGCGGGAGAUGCGGGAGUGGGAGUGCAGGGCGGACGAGCAGCGCCGGGUCGUGGCAGAGCUGAUGCGCCUCAUCGGGAUGCCGGAGCUGAGUUCCCGGGAGGAGAGAAAGAGGAAACAGGGGACCGCGUCUUCAGAUCCUCCGGUAAAUGCUCUGCUCAUCGGUUUUUUGGCCUACAGGGUCCGGUCACACUGGCUUCAACACUACUAGAGGAAGAAGCUGGAGCAUAUCUCACCGAUAAGGAAUCGCUGGCGACACCGACAAGAGAAAUCAUGGCAGCAGCAAUCGAAAGCAGCAGCUCUUGAUCCUUUUCUUUGCCACAUUGGCAUGUUCCACACUUUUAGGCCUACGAAUGAAAUCUAAUGGCUUCUUUGUUACCUGCUUGCGUCCAUACAUGAUAUGUGAUGGUUUUGAAUGUUCGCAUAGACAACAUAUUUGAAUCGCCGCGUCUACACAUGAUUUCCUUUUCUGUUUGGAAGAAUUAUUGUGUUUCUGCUCGAUGCAGAACGGCGCCGGCGAGAUCCAGCGGGCGUGGGAGAAGGAGGGAUCCGGCGCGGCGACACGAAGGUGGAGGCGGGCCUCUGUGGCUAGCAGGAAGAGCUCCAAGGUCAUGGCGGGGCUUCGAUUUUUCUGGUAGAAAAGAGAGACAAAGGAGGAGGAGAGGUAGCUGGAAGAAGGAACGGUGCAACACGGGUGCAGCAGUGCGAGGACACUGGUCUUGCGCGUGAGGAGCUCCUCUCCUCGGGAGGAUCGGGAGGGAGCGAGUGAAACUAAAUCCACUUCAGAGCAAGGUACUGUUGUAGAACUACGAAGAAGCAAGCUGACGAGAUGCACUGCAGUUUUGUCAUGCGUUAAACUUCUCAAUGGUUGACCAUGGAAAAUCUGUGUAGUUCUCAUUUUCCACAUAUGUUUCUGAUCUCAAGGAGAAUUCUUAUUCCUUUUGGAAUUACCAUCUUUAAACAUUGUAGAUUCCAAUCUCUUGCGUAUUUACAUCAAAGACUGUUUUUCAAAUGCUUAUCAUGUACAUACUAAACUCCCUGCCC